AUGUGGAUAUCAAUACUAUCUGUCAUUGUACACAAUCUAUUUAUUAUUGUUCCCUAUGUAAAAUCAAACGAUCAUUGGUGUAAUCUUCCUGUACCCGAUAGUUGUCGUUGUCGUCUUCGACAUCAUCAAUAUACAUUAGAUUGUACAAAUUCAAAUAUGACAAGUAUACCAACAAUUACUAGUAGUACAACAUGGUAUGAAAUUAAUUUUGAAAAUAAUAAAAUUAAUUUAUUAAUAAAAUGUCAAUUUAUUAAACUCUAUGUUAAACGUUUAAAUUUAAAAUCAAAUUACCUAAUUCGAAUACAAGAAUCAACAUUCAAGGAUAUUAUUGGUUUAAAUGAUCUUAUAUUAUCAUCAAAUAAUUUAACAAAAAUUCAAUCGGAAAUAUUUGUUCAUACGCCUGAUUUAUCUACAUUAGAUUUAAGCAAUAAUCCAUUUGAAUAUUUAGAUAUUGAUAGUCUUCUUGAACAAUUAAAGUCAUCAUUAGAAAUACUUUAUCUAAGAAAUAUUUCCUCAAUAAAUAAAAGUAUUAUAUCAAACAAAUUUAUAUAUGGUUCAAAUUUAAAAUAUUUGGAUUUAAGUUUUAAUGAUUUAAAAAGUUUAAAUAUUGAUAUGUUUAAUUCUAUGAUUAAUUUAGAAACAUUAAUAUUAAAUGAAAAUAAAUUAAAAGAUUUAAAUGGUUUAAUUUUUCAAAAAUUAACAAAUUUAAUUAACGUAAAAUUAGAUCAUAAUGAAUUAAUAGAAUUACCAAUAAUUCAAUCAAAUUCAAUUAAAAUAUUAUCUUUAGAAGAAAAUUUAAUUCAAAGUUUAACAUUAUUUGCUUUAGUAAAUAUGACAAAUUUAACAUCAUUAGAUUUAGAUAAAAAUCAAUUAUCAACAAUUUAUACACAUACAUUUUGUAAUACAUCAUUAAAAUUAGAUUUAAUAUCAAUGGAUUCUAAUCAAUUUCAAACAUUAUCCUAUUGUUCAUUAAAUAUGACAACAUCAGAAAAUUUAUUGUAUAGUUUACGAAAAAAUGAACGAUUAAUAUGUUCAUGUGAUUUAUAUAAAGCAUAUCGACAACCAAAACAUUGGACAAUUGAUUUUGAUGAUUGUCUAUUGCCACCAUUAAUGAAUAAAAUUCAAUUAGAAAAUUUAUCAAAUUCAAUAUGUCAAAAUAAUAUAACAUGUGAGAUUGAUUGUAUGAAAACACAUACACAAAUAUUAGAUGAAUUAAAACAAUUAGAAGAAGAAGAAAAAAAACGACGACUAGUUAAUAAACAACACGGACAACGAUUAAAUAAUAUAAAUAUGGCAAAUAUUAUGUUUAAUUCUAAAUUAUUUUCAUUUUAUUUAAUUAUUAUUAUUAUUCGUAGUAUCAAAUUAAAUUUAUUUGUUUGA